CAAAACCCUAAUUUUUGUUGGACUUGUUGACAAUGAUGCAUCGGCUAGCCUCUGUCGCCGAUUUGAUCUCCAACACCAUAUCAAAGACCAAGAGACCGUGGGCUGAUCUGAGUCCGGAUCUGCUGAAUCUGAUCUACGCCAAGCUCCCUCCAGGCCACGGCGGCGACGUCGAGUUCCGAUCCGUUUGCAAGAACUGGCGCCGGAUCGACCCCGAUGGCUCUGUCUCCGCCUCGAAACCCUCCCACCUAGAAGUACCGAUUCCUCGUUGUUAUCAUCCCCUCCAGAUCCCCGACGGGGCUCCGGAGAGAUCGACCAUCAACGGCGCGCUGGUCAUCCACAGGUGGGCGAGCGGGUGGUGCCUCUUGGGACGCCGGGAAGACCAGAUCUUCGGCUGCUACAAUCCCCUGUUCCGCUGGCCGACCAGCUUCGUCCGACUCCCCGAAUGCACACUCAACGACACGAUGGUAGCGGCGGCGAUCUCGGGCCCACCAACCGCCAGAGACUGGACGAUCCUCCUCGUGGAGGGCGCCCGCAGUUUCAGGACGCUGCGCCGCGGCCAGCGGCGGUGGCGGGAGUACACUUACUCGCCCGAUUGGACGCGGUUCUGCGACGGGAUCGGGUACAGAGACCGGAUGUUCUUCUGCCUGUUCCACACGGGAGAGGUCCUGAUGUUCGCAAUCGACGGCGGCUGCUGCAGCAGGAGGAGGAUGCUGCUGCCUUAUCGUGAGGAGGGGUUCGUGUUUCACCGUGUCGUCGUUGCGGCGACGUUUUGGUGCGGAGAGAAAUCGCUCGUGCUGACGUGGGCGCAACGAGGAGAUGAGUGGCUUCUCCAGCUGGCCGGGGUGGAGAGGCGUACUGGGAGAAUAAAGAAGGAAUUGUUAAUGAUGGAAGAGAGUGGGACGGCCGCAAAGUUAGUGUACGCCUGGGAGCAGAUAGGAAUGAUCCGCCGCAAAGAUUGUAUGUUUUGUUUAUGUUUAUGUUUCUAAUUUCAUUUCUCGCAGGAAUAGCAACAGAUCGGAUAGAAUGAAUAUCAAAAUACUUAGUAUUGAGUUUAGGAUAUCUAUUAUUUCUAUUUCUUCCUUCCUUUUUCGUAUAAGUCUUACUUCUUCAUUCUUUGUUCAACUCCAUUCUCAUUGAAUGCGCACUUAUAUUAUAUGUCAUGUGCAUAUAUAGUAACUUUUAAAUCAAAUCCAAGGCAAAAUACCUUUCCAGUAAGUUCUCACUUGUACCAAAGUGAUAUACAUCAUUAUACGGGUCAGCUAUACGCUCCGGUUAAAUUCUGGGAAUUUUAGUGGCAUGAAAGGGUGAGGAGUUGGUUAAGUUUUGGGUGUUGGACUCUCUUAUCCGGUUUUUCGAUCUUCUAAGCCCGAAGAUGAGAUCGAAUUUUUUGCUAUCCAAUCUCGGUCUGAAUUAUACGGUCUGGUUUCGAGUAAAACCAAAAAGCCCGGACCAAAUAGCCACUCCCAUGCACCAAGAUGAAGUGACGGCAUAACUCAUUAAGUUUAAUCACACAACCUUUUUCAAGAAACAAUAAACAGCGUAUUUUUCA